AUGGCUUCUAAAGAAUCAAACGUUGACGUUUUAAUCAUUGGCGCUGGCCCUGCCGGUUACAUGGCUGCCACCUGGUUCGCUCGCACAGGUGUUAACGCUCGUAUCAUCGACAAGAGAGGAAACAAGAUUUUUGCAGGUCAAGCUGACGGUUUGCAAUGCCGUACCCUCGAAGUCUUUCAAUCUUUCGGAUUUGGCGACCGUGCCAUCAAGGAAGCUAACCACAUGCUUGAAAUCUGCUUCUGGGAACCUAAUGACAAGGGCGAAAUCAUCAGAUCUAACCGCAUCCCUGAUACCGUUGUUGGUAUCUCUCGUUUCCAGCAAGUCGUUCUUCACCAAGGCAGAAUCGAACAAUGGAUGACCGAUUCCAUCAAGAAGUGGUCCCAGGACACCCUUCAGGUUGAACGCCCUAAGCUCCCCCUCUCUAUUGACAUUGAUGAAUCCAAGGUUAACGACACAGACGCUUACCCAGUUACAGUCAAGGUCAAGACUCUUUCCGAUGAUGAUGCUAACCCAGAACAAUUUGGCGGUAAGAUUGCUAACGGUCUUUUCCGCCAAUUUGAUGGCGAUAAAGAUCUCAAGGUUGAAGAUGACAGCGAAAUUGAAACCAUCCAUGCCAAAUACGUCAUUGGCUGUGAUGGCGCUCACUCUUGGGUCCGCAAGCAGAUUGGAAUCGAAAUGGAAGGUGAAACUAGUGACUAUAUCUGGGGUGUCUUGGAUACCGUCCCUAUUACCGAUUUCCCCGAUAUUCGCAAUAGAUGUGCUAUCCACUCUAAGGAUUCCGGCUCUAUCAUGAUUAUCCCCCGUGAAGAUGGCCUUGUCCGCCUUUACAUCCAGCUCAGAGAAACCCCUCGUGCCGAUGAUGAUGCUGAAAAGAAGGGCCGUGUCGACCGCUCUAAAAUCACUCCUGAACUCAUUCUUGAGAACGCUAGAAAGAUCUUCCACCCUUACAAGCUUGACAUUAUUGACACUAAGUGGUACACUGCUUACCAGAUUGGCCAGCGCGUUUCCCCCAAGUUCCACAAGGACAACCGUGUCUUCAUUGCAGGUGAUGCUUGCCACACUCACUCCCCCAAGGCUGGUCAGGGUAUGAACGUUUCCAUGAUGGAUACCUAUAACCUUGCUUGGAAGGUCGCCCAAGUUGUCAAGGGCAUUGCCAAACCUGAAAUUCUUGCCACUUAUGAGGCAGAACGUCGCCAAGUUGCUCGCGAUCUUAUCAACUUUGACUACAAGUUUUCCCGUCUCUUUUCUGGUAAGCCCGGUGAGGGCGGUAUCUCCCUCUCUGAGUUCCACCAAGUCUUUGAGAAGGGCAAUGAAUUUGCUUCUGGUACCAUUGUUGACUACACUCCUUCAAUGAUUGUCAGCAAGCCUGAUACUGAAAUGGAGAAGUUUGACGAAGGCUCCAAGGGUCUUCAAGCCUUUGAGUUCCGUGCUCAAUACUUCAAUCCUUUGGCCAAAAAUGUCCCCGUGGGUCGCCGCUUGGACCACGCCAAGGUCGUCACUUACUCUGAUGCCAAACCCAUUUGGCUUGCUGAUCGCAUGAAGUCUGAUGGCAGAUGGAGACUCAUUUUCUUCUCUGGUGAUGUCGCUAAGAACGAAAAGGCUGCCGCUUUUGGCAAAGAGCUCAGCGACUACCUCCUCUCCAAGGACUCUUUUGUUCAAAAGUACACUCCUGCUUCUGCUCAGCUUUUCUCUGUCAUUGAUCCCAUCUUGGUCAGCUCUUCUGACAGAAGAUCCUAUGAGUGGUUUGAUUACCCUGAGGCUUUCAGACACAGAGAUGAAGAUGGCCGCAUGGACUACUGGAGCAUCUACACUGAUGAGCCUUCUUAUCACCAAGGUCACGGCAAGAUUUACGAGAAGUAUGGCAUUAGCCCUGAGACUGGUGCUAUUCUGGUGGUUAGACCUGAUGGCUACGUUUCACUCGUUGCUGAUACCAACACUAAGGGUAUCAAGGAGGUUGAGGACUUCUUUGGAAACGUUUUGGUUGAGCAGAAUCCUUCUUGGGCUUCCCACGGUUUCAUCAAGGCUAAGCGUGAUGAAGACCUGGUCGAUACCUAUGGCCAAAACGACAUUGGCUUCCCUGUUUUUGCUCGUUAA